UGGAAAGUUGUUGUGCUUUGUAGUAACGAACAAAUUGCUUGUUAUUCGUGUAAUUUUAAAAGUUAUCCGAAUGAAAUAAUUGCAAAAUACUAUCAAACUCGAGAAGUUUAUCGCCAUCGACAAGAAUGGAUACGAUUCACUGUAAUGAUUGGAAUGAGUUUUUAGACCUUACGUGCAGUCUAGCAAGAUCAUACUUACCGUUCGAAUAUUUCAACUGGUCGAGCUCGGACAAGGAAUCGAGGAUGGACAUGUCUUCUGUUUCAACACAGGCGACAUUCAACUGUUCGGAUCUGACAGAUGAUCGAGAUGAACUACAGCUCAUGCGGCGACAGAGGAUGAGCAUGAACAAACACAGGCAUCUGAUCAACUUUCUAGAAGGAUUAGAUUCUGAUUGGGAAGUUACGGCCGAAUAUGAAUGGCAGGAUUAUAUUGAGGAAACGUCACGUAACUCUGGACAAACCAUGCAUAGAUCAGAAGCCAUCGACGAAAAUGUACUUAGUAGUAUUGCAAUGGUACCGACGGACAUCGAGGAUACACAGGUCUUGCAAGCAAAAAAGCACGCUAAUUUGUUGUUUACAAGGUGCUGUCGAACUUUGGAAUACCUGGAGGCUAUCGAAUCCGAAGAAUGGGAAAUUAGAACCCCAGCUGAUCUCAAUUCGAAUGAAUCACCCUUGGCUCUUCAAUUAGAGUCGAGACGCGAUGAUGAUAUGUGCCACUCAGCGAGUAAAUGCUGUGUUGGAGUGGCAGUACAUAAGUCUAUUCAGGAGCAUUCAGAUUCUGUUAAAAACAUAAGCUUCGUACGCAGCCUGGAUACAGAAUUUCGGCGUAUUUCCGAAGUAAAAGAAGAAGACGAUUUAAUAAUUCUGUCAUCAAGCCUCGAAGAUGAAAAUGAGGAAGCUACAACCAAUAAGGAAGAACCUCCAGCGUGCAUUCGCAUAUCGCAAGGCCUGGACAACGAGUUUGCGUCUAUUAGCAGCGAAAACGACGUUAUUAUCCCCUCAUUGAGAUCUAGUAACUCUGAACUAGAGAAGGAUACAACGCCUCGAACUUCGGGAGGCAAUGUUUCAAACCCAAAAGAACCGCAACCAGAAAAUCCAGUGGAUGGUUCAGAUGUCCAGUGCCGGGACAAAUAUUUAGAAACACGGUUCCAAUUGUUGGUAUUGGAUUGCACUGUGGUCCCUAAACAAAUUGCCGAGGUUGCUAUCCCAUCAGAAUCGAGAUGUUCUGUUUCCGCUUCUGUUUACACAACACGAACACAAGAUUGCAGUGUUCCAGUUGCAUGUGCUGAUUUUAAUAGAACACAUAAGGUGUCUGUUACCGAUCAGAAUUCGCCAACGGGAGUCGUAGUUCUAUCUCCGGAUGAUCCGCUAGGAUUCCAGCAUCUCACGUGGCAGGAGUCUACCUCUCCUGAUUCAACCCUAACGCCGGUUGUAUCGCCGGUGGAACUCCCGCAAUCGAAUGAUCUAGGUACUGCUAGUACUGUAAGUGAAUUUCCGUUUCAACUCCCAUCCAAUCGAAAGUAUACUCAUCCAACGCCACCUGCUUCACCAAAGAAAACGCCACGAACUUUGGACAAGGAUGAAAGCUUCGAAGAGACGACAGUAGACUGCGCUGUAGUUCCUGAAACAAUACCCGAGGUUGCUAUCGCAACGCAGGAAUCCAAAUGUACUGUUUCCCCUUUUGUUUACGACCAGAAGAAUCGAACACGAGAUUGCGGUGUGCAAAUUGCGUGUGGAGCGUUUGAUGGAGCAACAAAGGUGUCUGUUACCGAUCCAAAAUCUCUGACGGAAGUUAAACUGUCCCCUUCUCCGGACGAUCCGUUUGGACUUCCACAUUCCACGUGGCAGGAGUCUAAGUCACUUUCUGUUACAACUGUAACACCCGUUGUAAAGCCUGUGAAGCCGCGCCGGUCUAAGCCAAAUGGAGAAGCUGCUGUUACUAAAAGGAAAUCUGCACUAAAACCUGCUACGCCGACAACGAAAAGAGUGAGAUACUGUCGCUCACUCAAACGGAAGCUUAUUGCAGCAACGUCACCUAAUCUGCCAAAGAAAGUUCAAUUCAACUUGACGCCUAAAGUUAUGAACCAGGACGCAAGAUUAAAUGGUUCCCCCCUCUCGUACCGCACAAAUUGGUCAAAGAAAAAUAACACUCCGGUGUCUGCCAACGCUAAAUAUGAUCCGUAUGACGUGUCGCAUAUCGACGACGAUGGAGAUACAACGUUUGAGAAUCUUUUUACAAGGCGUCGUACAACUCCGGAGGCAUCGAACAAGAAAACAUCGAAACGAAACAAGAAGAAAAGGAAGGAGAAAGCUGCUGAGCCUCAGGUGUCUCCUGUUUCCGAAAGUUCAAUGGAUAGCAUGCGAUUUAAUAUUUUAUCGAUCUUGCAAGAAACUGAACAGAGCUUUAAUGAUGCAAUGAAUGUUAAUCAUAAAAAGAUCGAGACCAACCAUACAGCAACGUCAGAAACCGUUAAUAUCAGCGAAGAAAGGCUCACGGAAAUCAUCAGAACAGUGAUUACGGAUGUCAUGAAAUCCACUCGAAAACCUCGAAGACGCCGAGUAUUUCGACGAUCAGCGCCUCCUCGAAAAAUGGUGCUGAAGAAGCUUUUCGUACCGAAGCGAAAGCCCUGCGAAGAUAAGGCGGUACAGGUGUUUAUUACUGAGGACAAAUCCACAAAUACCCUUCAUAGCCCGCUGAAAAAUUUGAAGCUCAGCGAGGAUAAAGAAGUGCAGGUAUUGUUUAUUAAUGAUGAGAAGAGUACAACUAUCAAUCAAAGCCUGUUAAAUGUUGACAGUGAUGCCAGAACAUCUCAAUAUAACAAUAAAAACAUCGAAAAGCCCAAGCAUCAGAGCAGGACAUACACCAAAAAAGAUGUAGCGGAAAGGAUAGCCACAAAGGCCUCUCAAAGCAUGCCUGUUAAGCGGAAUGAUACAAAACUAGAGGAGAACCAGGCAAUCGUCCAGCAAUCCAACCGUAAGAACAGCAGAAAAUCCAAAAAAUGUAUCACGGUACCUGUUUGUGUCAGCUCUAGCACAGUCAAUAAACAGCCGAUAAUUGAUAAGAAUCUCAACAGUGACAACAAUGGGUACAAACAGAUGACAAUGCCGCAAUAUCUGCAAAGGAAAACAAAAGCAGCUGUUCAGGAAAAUGAGCAUCAGUUUGUUCAAAACUUGCUGUCCAAUGUGGCAUCCUCAAAACAAAACUCAACAAAAGGUUGCUAUCGUUCUCCGCAACAGUUCAACACUCAGGCGAGUGACGCGUCUAACUCGUUAUCAUCGACCCUGAAGCCGAGCACCAUCUACUGCCCUAACGCCACCAUCGUCUUCACUAGUGUUGAUCAGGAGAAUUCGUUUUUCCAACGAAUCGACGAACUUCGUCUAAGUGGUAUGCAGUCCGCCAGUUCACAAAGCGAAGUCAUUCCCUCUAGCCAACCGUUCAACGAGCGCAUGCGGCUUUACAGGCGUCAGUCGUAUCCGAAAGUGAAAACAAUUAGUCUUGCUGUGUCAGCAGCAGACACUUCAGCAGGUGAUGAUCUUCCUGAUUUCGACAGAACUCCCACAUAUGACAUGUUUGAACCAAAGGCUGGUCCGUUCAACGAUCCGAAUUACUACCCGGAAGAUUUCGUGGAAUACAUUGCAGAAAGCAUCUUGGAAGAUCAUAAAAAUGGGAAGUUAAAGACGCUAGCAGAGCUGUAUGGAGAAGAGGCUGAUGAGAUGGGGACUAAUGAUAUACAAUGGGGUUUGUUCUGUCCAGACGGAAACAUAGACCAAAAUCAAGAAUCAAAUGACUCAGGUUUGAUUAUGUCUGGCCCUUACAGAAAUGAAAGCGAGAAAUGCCACGAAACUGGAAGAACUAAAGAGUCUGACAUCUCAGGUAAUGGAGCCUGCAUGAACUGUAAUGACCGUCAAGCUUUUUGCAGCAGCGUAAAAGGAUCGCAAGAGCCGUGCCGUUUCUCUCCCGGAUUGUCACCGAUCAGGUGUGAUUGAGUUGGAAAAUUGGCCGUUUCCUUUUCAUUUCCGUAAAUGGAGUAACUUUUUUAAUAUUUAUAGUAAGGUGGGGCAAGAUGGGUCAGCUUGUUCAAACCAGCAUUAGGGCUACAGUAAACCUGUCGAUAUUGACAAUCAUUAAAAUAAUAAAUUAGGUAGAUGACCCAUCUUGCCCCACCUUAC